AUGGGGGGGCCCUUCCGAAAGCUGCCAUGGCAGUGGUCGGCAGGGGAGGCCCGGAAGGGUUGCCAGGUGGAUGGACAGGGUGGGGUGCCGUGGGUGCUGGGGCCUCCACCCUCCCUUGGACUGAGGGGCAGAGGAGGCCCCGGUGAAGCUAGGCCGGUGUCCCUGCAGACGGAGCGCCUGACAGCCGAGCAGAUCAAGGAGUACAAGGGGGUCUUUGAGAUGUUCGACGAGGAGGGCAACGGGGAGGUGAAGACUGGAGAGCUGGAGCGGCUCAUGAGCCUGCUGGGCAUCAAUCCCACCAAGAGUGAGCUGGCCUCCAUGGCCAAGGACGUGGACAGAGACAACAAAGGAUUCUUCAACUGUGACAGCUUCCUGGCCCUGAUGGGGAUUUACUGGGAGAAGGCCCAGAACCAGGAGGGCGAGCUGAGGGCAGCGUUCCGUGUCUUCGACAAGGAGGGCAAGGGCUACAUCGACUGGGACACGCUCAAGUACGUGCUCAUGAACGCAGGUGAGCCCCUCAAUGAGGCAGAGGCCGAGCAGAUGAUGAAGGAGGCUGACAAGGACGGGGAUGGGACCAUUGACUACGAGGGUGAGUGAGGGACGGGCCUGGGAGCCGGGUGGCUGGGCCAGGCUGGUGGCUGACCUGUCCUUCUGCUCCCAGAGUUUGUGGCCAUGAUGACCGGAGAGUCCUUCAAGCUGGUCCAGUAGGAGCAGGUGCUGUGGCCAUGGGAGGCCUGCCCGAGGAAGGCCACUGCUUGCUGCUGCCCCCACAGCACCGCCCACGCCACCCAACCCCACCUCUGGCCAAU